UAAAGAAGACGCAUAACUUCCGACGUGAUGACGUAGAGUGACGUGGAUCGAUUAGAAACAUAGGGCGCCCUGCAUCAGGCGGUGAGUUUAAAGAGUCCUGGUGAGAAACAGGGAGAAAAGAGAAGAAAACGCCGGGAAUUCGUGGACGAUAGUAAAGGACAGAUGAACACAGACAGCAUGCCUCUGCAGGACCUGCCCUGCCUCAGUCUCCAGGGCUCCAUGUUGACUCAGUCCAACAAACGCAAGUCCAGAAACUUUCUGAGCGAGGGUCUGGACACAGAGUGCACCCCCACAGAAUUGAUCCAGCAGUGUUCCCCCCGACACAAGCUGCAGAGACUCAACACUAAGGACAAGGAGAACGACUACGGACACUUUGUUCUGGCCAGGAGACCUCGGAGGAAGAAGGAGUCCAGUACAGGUAUUUCAUGGGACCAACUGCCGGAUGAGCUACUUCUUAAAAUCUUCUUCUACCUCCCCCUGCAGGACCUUCUUGGGAUAUCCAGAGUUUGCAAACGCUGGCACCGUUUAAUGUUCGACGAGUCUCUGUGGCACAGCGUGGAUCUGGAGGGUAUGACCCAGGCAGACGCGGCUCUGAGGCACGUCCUGAAAACCAAGGUGACGAGGCUGCGCUGUCCACGGUCGUACGUAGAGGAGCUGCGACUCGCAGGCACCGAGCCGCUUCAGAUGGCUGAGCUGGACCUGUCCAGUUCCAUCAUCCCCACCUCUGUCCUGGAGAGCAUCAUCUGUGGCUGCAGACAGCUCAGGUGUCUGAGUCUGGAGGGACUGCAGCUGUCUGACCUCAUCAUCAAGUCUGUGGCUCAGAACACACACCUGUUGCAGCUGAACCUGAGCGGCUGCUCCGGCUUCUCUGACGCGGCUCUCACUGACAUGCUGCAGUCUUGCUCCAGUCUGGAGCAGCUGAACCUGUCCUGGUGUGAC